UGCAACGGAAGUAGGGAAGGAGUUUCAAGGCUGUCGUGAUGGCUUCCACGAAGAAGAACACGAAAAAGCAGGAUGAAAAGCAUUUGAAAAUUCUUCGGGAGCUGUGUUCUUUGCCCCACAAUAAGAAAUGCUUCGACUGCGGACAAAGAGGACCGACUUAUGUCAACAUGACGAUAGGGUCUUUCGUUUGUACGUCGUGCAGUGGAAUAUUACGCGGAUUGAAUCCACAACAUCGAGUGAAGUCCAUUUCGAUGACUAGUUUCACUCCAACUGAAAUCGAGUUCCUUCAAAAUGCAGGCAAUGAGGUAUGCCGGCGAUCUUGGCUAGGUUUAUGGAAUUCUCCUAAUCCACCAGAACCAGAAUCUAGAGAUGAGAUAAAAGUGAAAGAUUUUAUGAUGCAAAAGUAUGAUAGAAAAACGUGGUACAUUCCUCCAUCCCAAUUACCACCUGCUAGCCCAAAGACAGAAGCUUCACAGUCUUUGCCUGAAAGGAAACCACUGAAACAACUCCUUGGUGAGGGUUCACCAACCCUUGUUGUGGGGCAAGAGGCUCAACCAACUCCUAAACACGUAUCCAAUAUUGGGGUUCCUGUAUUACCACCAGUAGCACAGCCUGCUAUUUCACAAGCACCUAAACCACCAGUUAAUGAUUUAUUAGGAGAUUUGGGAGGUGAUCCAUUUGCUCAGCCAGCAGCUCCUGCAGGCUUCAAUGCAUUUGCAGGUCAACCAGCUGCACCAGCAUCCAGUGGUGGUUUUGAUGUAUUUGCUAGUUCACAACCUCAACAACAGCAGCCAGCUCAACAGCAACAGCAACAAUUUGGUGGAUUUGAUGCAUUUGCCAGUAACCCACAACAGCAGUCUGCUGGUGGUUUCAAUGCAUUUGCCGGUGGUGGUGUGGCUCAACAACAACAAGCCCAAAGCCAAAGUUUCAAUGCAUUUGGAACACAACAACAACAACCACAGCAACAACAGCCGCAGCAACAACAGCCUGGCUUCAGUCCAUUUGGCACAUCACCACCCAGGGCUCAACAGCAAGGAGGUUUCAAUGCAUUUGGCAAUACUCAAACUCAACAACCAGACCCCAAACAAGGUUCUUUUGGAGCUUUUGGAAAUCCACCAGUUGCAGCCCCUCCAGCCUCUUCAAAUUUUGAUGCCUUUGGAAGUUUCAGCUCUCCAUCAGCUUCGCAACAAACCAAGACAACGUCAACUGUAGGAAAUUUCGGACCAAUGGUUUCAACUUCGGUCGCCGCCCCUCCAGCAUCAUCAAGUUUGGCACCAACCGGUGAUAGAUAUGCAGCGUUAAGUGACUUAGACUCUAUUUUCAAAGUACAAACACCAACGCCUAGUGUUGGGCAACAGGGAUCUGUAUUCAGUAACACUAGUAAUACUUCUAAUUCUCUUGGUAUAUCAAGCAUGCCAAGUUCAUCAGCUGGCUCCUCGGCUAUGUCAUCGGGACCUAAUCCAUUCGCCAGUAUAGGAAACACGUCACUUCCUACCCAGUCUAACCCUUUUCAAAGUUCAACUGGAGGUAUGGCACAAUCAAAUGGUUUUCCCGGUGGGAAUGCUGGGUUUGGAACUGUUCCACAGUCUUCACAGAUGAACGUUGCUGGCGCUGGAAUGACUGUUAUGGCAGCUAAUCAGUUUAGUAAAAUGGGAGGAAAUCAACCCGGAAUGUUUGGUACUCAAGGGGGGACUGGUUCCAUGCAACCAGGGGCAUUUAAUGUUGGACAAGGACAGGUAUCUGCAGGUGUCUCGGGACAAUCAGGAGGCGGUCAAUUCGGUGGUCCUCAGUUAGGAACUUCUGCAUUAGGUGGCUCGCAGUUUGGGGCUUCCCAAUUCGCUGGUUCUCAGUUUAAAGGCUCUCAAUUCGGCAGCUCUCAAUUUGGUGGCAGCAAUCAGUUUGGUGGUGGACAAGCUGGAAGUAGGCAAAUGGGCGUUGGGCAGUUCCCUGGUGGGCAGAUCGGUGGGGCGGCAGCCAUGCAACAACCGCAACAGCCAGCGUUUGGUGGUGGCAUGGGAACGAACCAAUUUGGUCAGCGGCAGCAGCAACAACAGAUGCAGCAACAGCAGAUGCAGCAAUUUGGUGGCGGUUGGCAACAGCAACCGCAGUCUAAUCCAUUCAUGGGCGGUGGCCUUGGUGGCGGACUUGGAACACAGCAAAGACAGUCAACAAACCCAUUCAUGUAGCUAGUUGCUUCUCCUCCCUAGAAAUAUCUAUGAUUUAUCAAAUAAAAAUGUAACGUUUUUACUUGAUGUAAUUAAAAACAGUCUUAGGAUUAGAACAAAAAACAUCCAAGCAAGCCACGUCUAAAAAUAUUACGUAUUCAUAUGUAUAGAAAGGAAUAGUAGAAGUUCCUUAGCCGCAUGUUGCUGUGCUGCAUGAAUAUGAGGGCAGGCCAUUUGAUGUUUAAUGAGGGCUGCGGUAGGGGCUAGGUUUCUCUUAUUAAAACAUCCGAUACGCACUUUAAUCCUUAAAAAAAUAUAAUGCAAGACUUAAAAGAUUUAAAGUGCAAAAAUAUCGGACGCAUUGAAAAUUGGCCAUCCCCCGUCAAAAGUCAAAUGGUCUGUCUCUAAAAUGAUCCUGAACUGUUGAAUUUAAAUUGUAUGAACUGAUCAGUAAUUAAGGAAUGUUUUCAUUAUCAGUUUGCCAUAAAACUGCUUAAAACUGCGUAACACAUUAUUGUGAGUGAACAGUUGCCGGACUCGAAAUCUAAGGAGAUUCAUAUCUAAGGAGAAGAUAUUUGAUGUAUAUUUGGUUUCUGGUUAACGGUUUAACUGUAUUCUCUCUCUGAGCCGAACUGAUUGAUAAUUUUAAAAUACCACUAUGCUAUAUGA